UAAAAAUAACUUCAAUUCUCAUCAUAAUAUAAUAUAUUCUUUUUAUCUUGCAAUUAAACAAUGGGCAAUUUGCCUCAUUUUCUUGCGAUACCAUUUCAAGUUCAAGGACAUGUGAAUCCCCUAAUGCAAUUCUCUCAAAUUCUAACUAAAUAUGGUUGUAAGGUCACUUUUCUACAUACUGAAUUUAAUCAUAAACGAUCGAAUAUGGAUGAUUGUCAGAACAACAAGAUAAAAGUGGUGACACUCUCUGAUGGAUUGGAAUCUGAAGAUGAUAGAAGUGAUACGAAGAAAGUUAUGUUAUCAAUUAAAAGUACCAUGCCAAAUAAACUUCCAAAACUUAUAGAAGAUAUUAAUGCUUUAGAAGUUGAUAAUAAUAAUAAGAUCAAUUGUAUUGUUGUUACGUUUAGUAUGGGUUGGGCCUUGGAAGUGGGCCAUAAAUUGGGCAUCAAAGGGGCUUUACUAUUUCCGGCGUCGGCAACUUCUUUGGCAUGUGUUGUUUGCAUACCUAGAUUGAUCGAGGAUGGAAUUAUUGAUUCUGAAGGAAAUCCAACCAAACAACAAGAAAUUCAAAUCUCCCCCGAUAUACCAAUGAUGGACACAACAAACUUACCAUGGCAUGGAACAGAUAAGAUACUCUUUGAUUAUAUUGUACAAGAAAUUCAAACUAUAAAUUUAGCAGAGUGGUGGCUUUGCAACACUUCUUAUAAUCUUGAUCUCCUUAACAAGCCUUUUCUUUGGAUCGUUCGUCCGAAUAAUGACAACAUAGUAAGCUAUGAAUACCCUGAUGAGUUUCUUGGAACUCAAGGGAAGAUUGUUGGUUGGGCGCCGCAAAAGAAGAUAUUGAACCACCCUGCUACUGCUUGUUUCAUUAGUCAUUGUGGUUGGAAUUCUACCAUUGAAGGUGUACAUGCUGGUGUACCAUUUAUUUGUUGGCCUUUUUUAACUGACCAAUUUCUUAAUAAAUCAUAUAUAUGUGAUGUGUGGAAGAAUGGACUUGCAUUAGAAAAAGAUGAAAAUGGAUUUAUAUCAAAGGAAGAGAUAAAGAGGAAGGUGGAACAAGUACUUGAUGAUGAUGACAUAAAAGAAAUGUGUUUGAAAAUAAAGGAAAUGACUAUCAAUAAUAUGGUAGAAGGUGGUGAUUACUUCAAUCAUGCCAGAUACAGUUGGCGACAAACUCAUUGGGUUUGUGACUUCAAGAGAUGAAAUUCCAUAUCUACUCAAG